GAAAUUUAUUUAUAAUUCACAAAAUUAAUUUUUCAAUUAGAACAAGUGCUAUUACAACUGAUUAAACCUUCUGGAUUAAAAUAAAAAUGAACUGAAUUCGACGAAUAGAUGUCGAGAUAAAAAUUUAUAUCUGCAUUUUUCAAACGAAUUCAAAAUCAAACCUUCCCUUAAUUUCUCGUGCCAUACGUCAUAUUUCGUUUCCUAUAAAUCUCCGAUAUUGAGGUCAAAAAACGAUCGAUCGAGGAUGGGGGGAUGACUCUUAUGCAAUGUACUGAACCUUAAAACAGAAUGCAGUGUACGAUCCUGUGUGCCGCUUCUUGAGGGUUGUUUCUCACUCGCGCACAACAGCGAAGGAACAUACACCGAGAACUUCACAGAGCUGUUAUAGUAGCUGUAACAAUAUGUAUACAGUAGGAUCUCAAUUAACCGGGUCGAGAUUAUCCGAGCUUUCAGAUUUGUUAACAACUUCUCCACAAUCGUUUGUUGCGAAUUCUGGCAAACAAAAAGGAUUUACACGAUAUUCAUUCUUUGGAUUAGUUCGUCGCUUUCCCGAUACAAUAACGAAAGAUUAAUAAAAGGUUGAAAAGAUAAAACAUAAUCACACCAUUGGGGAAUCCGCACAUCCCUCGUAAUUCCUGAAACGCGAGAGCCCCGGGCAGUUGCCCUUCUGCCCUAUAAUCUGCCCUAAAUCAAACUUGAAAAGUAGUAAUUUUUAAUAUAAUAUAAUUAAUAAUAAUAAUAUAAGAGCUGUUGAUUUGAUAAAAUAUGCAGUCAUCGAUAUUCGCGCACUAGAAGGCCCGAGCUCCAUUAAGCUAAAAAGUCACAGAGGCAAGGAAUCGUGCGUUCACACCGCCCAAUUCUUUUCUAAUAGGUCCACUGUCUGACGAAAUACGCGAACGAAACUAAAUGCGACAAAGUAAGACAGGGGUAUCGAAUAUCGCUGUGUCCCAUUCUGCCAUGUUUAGUUUCGUUCGCGUAUUUCGUCACGCAGUGGACCUAUUAGAAAAGAAUUGGGCGGUGCGAACGCACGAAUCUCCUUACCCCUGCGAUUUCAUUAAGCUUAAUGGAGCUCGGCCUUCUUCUAGCGCGCGAACAGAUCUAAUAUUGAAUUUUUGGAAUAAUUUUAUUACAUCAAUUACAAUUUCAUGUUUCUAUCCUCUGUAUCAUUAUCUUUCUAAUAAUUGUAAAUAGCAAUUAGAUGUAAAGAUCAUUCUAUUUCUGUGUUUAUCGUAUUUGAUUAUUCCAAAUUUUCAGUUUCGAUACUGUUUGUUAUAUGCUUAAAUUAUUUAUUGAAAAAUUUUUAUUUUCAUCUAAAAAGUUUGCCUUAUUAGCGAUUUUUAGAAUGUCUGAAACUGAUUCUUUAAUGAUGAUGCAUAUUUUAGAUUUUUCAAAUAUUCGAGAGUUUACAAUCGGAAAAGUGCGCCGAGAAAAGUAAUUUGACAAUUAUUAAAACAUUUUCGACGAGCAGAGUUCGCUCGAACAAUUCCAAUUAAUUACCGUAACGAAUGAAGUAGUAAAUGGCUGUUUCUGUUUGUUACACGCUGUUAAUUAAAAUGUCGAAGUUGAAGGACGCUUCCUAUAUUUUAACUAACUUGAGGACUUUUUGAUACUCGUUCAUUUCUGUGAAAUUAUUACAAGUUUCUUUAGCAACCCUGGGUAAUUCCGGAUGAAAGGAAUCGCAGUCAAGGUGAAUGUCACUAUACGAUCCUUUCCUUUAAUUUUGAUGGAAAAAAGAAAUGGAAAAGGAAAGAAAAAUCCAUGAACACGUGCGCUGCUUGUUAAAAUUAAAAAGCAAAAUAAUUUGCUUCACUUUAGUGUAUAAUUUAGAGACUAAAAAUUGUAUAAAAAAGAAAAUUAAAAAUUCUUUUUUUAUAAUGAUGUAAAAUUUAGAAAACGAAAAUAAUAUGAGAUACAAAAUCACAUUAAAAUUGUGACUCUCUUCAUGGUCCGUUGUUAGAGGGUUAAAUUACAUGUCUGUCAUUAUAAUUAGUAAUACUUUUCUAUUUUUAUAAAAACCUUCAAGCUUAUUAGUAAAACAAGAUUCUAUUGUUGUUUAUACGCAAUUUUCUCCGUAUCUAAAUUGUAAUUGCAACAAUUCAAGGUAAUGAAAAUCUAAGGAAGCAAUUUUCAUUAUACCUUGACUAUUUCUUUUCUCCGUACUUAUCACCACGUGUGGUCUUAUAUAGCAACGUUUAAAUAAGACACUCUUUCAAUCCACUGCAAAUAAAAAAAAGUGACUGUCUGAAAUUGUUAUUUUGUCCAUCAAAUAAUUAAACGUAUCCAAUGUUACUUUAUUUGAAAUAAACUUCUAUCGAUUUUUCAGUAUAUUGUUUUUCAACUAACAAUAAGAUUUUAUGAAGUUUUUUUAAAUUGCUCGUCGGAUAAGGAAAAGUAACCCCCACGAAAAAUGGCGAUGGUUGUCCAUUUAAUUUCAUCGCUGAUCGUCCAAUUACGCGAGAUAGCGUCAGUGAGUUAUCCAUUCAAGAGACUGUAACGCAUUUGAAAAAGUCUCAAAAGAAGAGAAGACGAAGAAUAUUUAUCAGGCUUAUCGGUUCGAUCCGAAAGGGUAAAGAAACACUGUUUAAACUGUACGAAGAUGAUGUGCUUGGACAUAAAGCUAGUCUCGCGUUUACGAGGAGUCUCGUCGACGAGUAGCGCGACGAACGUGUCGGCGACGACCCCCUCGUCGGCAACCUCGACCUCGUCGACGACCGCUUUUCUGGAGAAGUGCAAACGUGGCAAAGGAAGAAGAGAAAGCACCGGAGACGCGAGCUCGGUGACCGAGAGCGACAGCGAAGAGGAAACGUUGCCGAUCGGUCCUGAAAUGAUUCGCCGGAACAGAUCGAGAUCGGUUUGCGUGUCUGCAUUGUCGUCUAUGCACCAGGGGCAUCUGCGUCGACGAGCCAGCCACCAUGUGUCUACAAAUGAUACCAUUUCCAGGCGAGGAGUUCUUUCCAGACGGUAUUAUGGCAGCGUUGAAAUGCUACCGCAGAUAGAGCAAGACGGCUAUGACAAUGGGCGAAGAUUUCGAGUUGAGAACGGAGAUUCUCCUGGGGAGAAAGAGGAAAUGUUCGGAUCACCGAGUACACCGAUAUUGGAAAACCCUGAGUACCAAACGCGUUGGUACUUCAAGUACUUCCUCGGCAAACUGCAUCAAAACUAUAUCGCUGCUGAUCCAGAAAGGAAUUCUCUAUUCUUGUCGGUGGUAACCAACGAAGUCAGCGAUCAAAGUGUACCACAUUACAGAGUGAUUUUAUGGACAAAAUCAGGCGCACAAAAGAUAUCGCUGCCAUAUUCUGCGAACAAAACGAUAACUAUAAGACAGAUCCUGAGUAAUUUCUUUGGAUUGGAUAAGCUUGACAAAGCUCCUCGGGAGGUUUUCGCGCCGGAGAUACAAAAAGAUCUGCUGCUGUUGGAGGAACAAGAGGGUUCUGUGAAUUUCAAAUUUGGCAUAAUAUAUGCAAAGAAAGGGCAAACCACCGACGAUGAGAUGUUGUCUAACGAAAAGGGUAGCCCUGACUUCGACAAGUUCCUCGAGAUCCUGGGCGAAAGGAUACGAUUGAAAAACUGGGACAAAUAUCGAGGUGGUUUGGACGUGAAAGGCGACAUGACGGGAAAAGAAAGUUAUUAUACAGUGUACGCGGGGCAUGAAGUUAUGUAUCAUGUGAGCACGAUGCUUCCUUACUCAAAGGACAAUCCGCAACAGCUAGAGAGAAAGCGGCACAUCGGCAACGACAUCGUCAAUAUCAUUUACACGGACGACCCUAACGCGAUAGACACCUUCAACCCUAAUUGCAUCAGAAGUCAAUUUACACAUGUGUUUGCGGUGGUGUCAACCGAGGAUAGUGGCAAAGGAUGGCGAGUAGCCAUAUUUUGCGACGAAAGUGUACCAUUGUUUGGGCCCAGUCUACCCUGUCCGCCCGUCUUCGAGGAUCCCUACACCCUGAGGGAGUUUCUUUUGGUGAAACUGAUAAACGGAGAGAAAGCGACGUUCAACACUCCAACGUUCGCCCAAAAGAGGGAGAGAACAUUGGACGCCCUGCUACGAGACAUGUACCAGGAGCACUCGCAGGAUAGCAAAAGCAACAGCAUGUUAAACCGACGAGCACUGUCGGACGUGGUGGAGGCUCCAGGUCGACGCCGCGAGGAAACACGGGCCGUGGAGAUGGUGCAGGUCGGCCAGGCUUUGAAGUUGGAAGCGAUCGUUAGGGGUCUCGCGCCAACUUCUUUAGCCACAGCCGGACCUUUGAAGCCAAGACCGUGGGAGCCACGGUGCAUCUAUCCGGAUUUUCCUCACGAAAUCGUUUGCGGUGACGUUUGGUUAGACAACAGGCUGAUCCUCGCCAGCGAGAAUGGAACGUUUCUGCUCGAAGACAGCAUAUCGCACAGAUUAAUCUUCGACGAGUCCGUGCAGAUCAAGCAACUGGACGUGGUGGAGCAACACGGUAUACUAUUGUUUCGUACCGGGGACAAAGGGAAAGAGAGCAACGUUUACGUGUUUCGUUUGAAAGAGUUUGAGAACAACACCGGUAACAGAUCUGCCGAAGUACCGAACGACCGUGAGGAGGAUCAGGACGGCGAAGACAACGGCGAAGAUGAGGAUGCCGAGGAUGACGGGGACGAGAGCGAGGACAAUGAUUGUGAUAAUUUUACAAGAGCCACGGCGAAAUUCAAGCCCGUCAUUCGUCGUACUCGCGCUCGUGUUCGUCCAUUGGCUGUCAGAGGACGAACCCACAUAAAAGAAAGAAAACUACCACGAACGAGAGGAUGCAAUUUAUACAGUAUUACCAUGCCUGGUGGUUCCCAUUUACGCAUGUGUGUGGUAGUUGGAAGACGUUUGACGGUUCUACAGUGGAAACAUAGUGCAGCAUGGACUGCAUGGUGUUCUGCAGCUGACACGGAUACCAUCGAUGGUUUUCUAUUUGUGAAGGAAUUCAACGUGAACGAAACUCCUUCUUUAGUGACAAUAAUCGAGAAUACGAAUAAUGAAUGGACGCUAUGUUGUGGCGUGCGACAUCAUUUUGAACUGAUCUCAUCUUCUGGAAGCACAAGAGUCCUUCAUAUCGAAGGAACACCAAAGCCUCAUCUAGUGGCUGCCUUAAACCUCUGUGAAGACGAGGAACCUGAACUACUGCUUUGUUAUAAUAACAUCUGCCACUUUCAAAAGAUAUGGGAGGAGAGUACCACACCAACGGAAUUCGAUUUCAACUGGAAUUCUGUACCGGCAGCAAUAGCUUGUGCCUUCCCUUAUAUUAUUGCCUUCACUAACGAUACCAUGGAGAUACGGUUAAUCAUCAAUGGAAACCUGGUGCACACGAUCGCAAUGCCCAAUUUGAAUCUGUUCACAUCCAAACAAGAUAUCUUCUUCUCGACGACAGCCCCGGAAUUUCUACCAGGCAAAUGCGAAAGAAUCCGGCUGGACACAAAGCCUGCGGACAAAGAAGAACCGGUUUCCAGUCCAUCUCCUUUCACACAAUCUUCGUCAUCGUCCCGAACUAAUCUGCAAAACAAUCAUGGCGACUGGAAACCAAUAAGAAUCUAUCAAAUACCGCUGCAAACAUUGUCCAGAAGCACUCUGUCGAAUUGUUCGCAAAGACGGUGUCCCAGUCCGGCCGAACCGGAAGUCGUCUCCGCUCCACCAAUCAGCGACAAGAGUUUCCUAAGCGUCGAACCUCAUCGGGCAUUGAGUAGAUCCUGCAGUAGCAGUCCAACGCCAACACCGACGAACCUGAUACCACCACGAAUCAGAAAAUAAAUAAAUUUUGAUAAUUUACUAAGAUUUUAAUGGAUUGCAGGUACCUGAAGC